AAGUGGCUUUUUAAACCCAAAAAAAACAAAACCAGGAAGAGGAUAUCUAGUACCCGGUUCCAGAAACACAAAAGAUCCCAACUUGUGUUGACCCAAGUUACCCGGCUUCAUUUCCCCAUCAAUAACUCCAUUGCGCAUCUAAAAGUUUCCAAAUUCCAACUCUGGCAAUGGAAUCAAAUGGAGACUCUGAGCACCACAUGAUGAUUGAUGGAAGUGCUUUACCGACUUUGCAAAUUGACCCUAAAAGAGCCCGGUUUCCAUGCUGCAUUGUGUGGACACCGCUUCCUGUUAUUUCAUGGUUGAUUCCUUUUGUUGGCCACAUUGGCAUCUGCAGAGAAGAUGGUGUGAUUUUGGACUUUGCAGGACCCAAUUUUGUGUCCGUGGAUGACUUUGCUUUUGGAGCACCAACUCGCUACAUCCAAAUAAGCAAAGAAAAGUGUUGUGCUAUACCCUGUCCAUCUGAGCAUGAAGCAGUGUUGCAUGAUGAUCCUGGAAGAGACAUUUUGACAUGGGAUGAUGCACUUCAGAAGGGCACACAGGAAUUCCAACACCGGUCUUAUAACCUUUUUACCUGCAAUUGCCACUCUUUUGUAGCCAACAGCCUUAACAGGUUAAGCUUUCGUUCUGGUGGGUGGAAUGUGGUGAACCUCGCAGCUCUCAUCUUCCUUAAGGGUGAAUGGGUAAGCGUAGGAUCCAUGGUGCGAUCAUUUUUGCCAUUUUUAAUAACAUUCAGUGUUGGACUUGCAAUAGGAGGUGCAGCCUUCCUAACUUACUUAGGAUUCUUCAUCGCCUUCCUUGUUGGUUGGUUCCUUCUUGGUACUUACUGUUUCAAGAACUUGAUCCAAUUGUAGAUAACAUUAUGUGGUAUCGUCAGACAAAAUCUUCGGUUUGAGAAACCCUGUGAUUUAGAUAUAGUAUUGGCUAUUACCAGCCAGUUCUGGAUAUUUGUAAAAGCCAAGUACUGAACUUCCGAGUUGUGUUUCCUCUAAAGAAGGUAUUUGAUCUUAGAGCUGAAGGUUCUCCCAUUUUGUAGUUUAUAGUUCUGUAUUCACAUAUCUGACAGAUGUAGGUUUGCUAUGUGUACCUUUAAUGGUGAAUAUUAUUUCUUAGAGUAAUUGUUUUCUUCUUCUUUAUGAUUAUACUAAUGACAUUUUUGUUCA